AGCAUGACAAAGGAGGAUGAUAAGUCCAUCCCUGUGCGAGUUGCCCUGCGGUGUCGACCUUUGGUUCCUAAAGAAAUCAACGAGGGUUGCCAGACCUGUCUUACGUUCGUGCCAGGGGAUCCACAGGUCAACAAUCGAUUCUACAAGACAUAACACAACACUUGGCCUUGCUUCGUCCCGCAAUGAGACAUUGUUUACAGAUUGCUUGUUGCGGAAGCUUCCAUAGCCUGGCGUCCUUAAUCAACCAAACCUAAACUAUUCGGUUUCACCAAAAUAUCUAGGAACAAUACUUACGAUUCGUCAGAUUGAAUGUGUCCUUCACUGUCAAAUAAGCGUUUAAAACACGUUUUUAUCCAGGGUCUUCCAUCUUCAGCCUGUGGGAGAUUUGACGUGGUAGCUUACUCUUGCGUGACUGCAUGGUCUUGAGUUGACUACAAUGGCAGCCCACAGGUGGAAAACCGGACACCCUGGAUAACACCAUGUUUUAAACGCUUAUUUGAAAACGAAGGACACAUUCAACCCUAAGAAUCGUAAGUAUUGUUCGUACAGAUUUGGAUAUGCUUCUGUUGACGGGAAACAUUAUUGUAGUGAAACCAACUAGUUUUAGGUUUGGUUGAUCAAGGACGCCAUGCUAUGAAAGCUUCUGCAACUAGCCAUCUGCAGCACUUGGCAUGAUCAUAUAUGGAUUCAAUUCCAUACAUAAGGACAAUUGUAGGCUCUUAUAAUUAUUCUCUCUUGCAGGUGAUUGUUGGCACUGAAAAGGCAUUCACAUACGAUUAUGUAUUUGAUCCUACAACUGAACAAGAGGAAGUCUUCAACAGUGCUGUUUCACCGUUGUUGUGUGGUCUUUUCAAAGGUACGGGGGAAAAAACGUUUACUUUCACACAGGAUUGCCUAUAGAACCAGUAAGGGUUCUAUGGGCAAAAUGGAAUGGGAUCAAUAAGCUGUAUGUAUAAUGUUUCUACUCUUCUUUUCAGGCUAUCAUGCUACUGUGCUUGCGUAUGGACAGACUGGUUCAGGGAAGACCUUUUCUAUGGGAGGAACCUAUACAUCGGCCCAAGAGAAUGAGCCCACCGUCGGAGUCAUCCCCAGGGUGGUCAGAAUGAUCUUCCAGGAAAGAGAGAAGCAUACAGAUUGUGAAUUUUCUCUGGCAGUGUCUUACCUGGAGGUGUGUGUGAACCUAUGUGCAUUAUUCAUCAUGACUGUCAUAACACAAUGCAUGUUUUUACUGUAAUGAUGGACAAAACAAUCAUUGUUACCGGUACAUUCCAGAUUAUUGACGAAAUUCUUUGUGUCUGGAAGUAUCCUGGGCAUGUUUUUCUGUAACGUUUUGUCUGAAUUUUAUGUGCCAUAGAUAUACAAUGAAGACAUCCUUGACUUGCUCUGUCCAUCGGUAUCCAAAGAUAAACCAUCAACCAUCAACAUUCGGGAGGACCCCAAGGAAGGCAUAAAGGUGUGUGAACUGUCUGUUACAGUUGAAAAUGUUGCUAAAUAUGUUUAUGAAACGAGUCAAAUGCACUUGUUUAAAAGGACUGUUUGGGGGAAUGUACGUUAUAACCCAUUCUCCCUCUGCCUCCCUAUCUUAGAUCGUGGGCCUGACUGAGAGGGAGGUGUUCUCUGCCCAUGAGAUGGUGGGCUGCUUGGAGCUGGGGAAUUCAGCCCGGACUGUGGGCUCCACUGCCAUGAAUGCUGCCUCGUCUCGCUCCCAUGCCAUCUUCACCAUCACCCUGGAGCAGCGCAGAGGGGCAGAUAAGUCAGUCUUCUCUCUAGCUUUCUCCCAUAGAGCUGUCUCACUUUCUUAUUUUCAUCCCAAGGAAACGUUGCAUUUCAUAAAUGAAUCCGACACGCAAAGCGCAGCAUCAUUUUUCAAAAUAUGCAAAUCUCUGUUGAUAUACAGUAGCAGUCAAAAGUUUGAACACACCUACUCAUUCAAAGGUUUUUCUUUAUUUUUUACUAUUUUCUACAUUGUAGAAUAAUAGUGAAGACAUCAAAACUAUGAAAUAUCACAUAUGGAGUCAUGUAGUAACCAAAAAAGUGUUAAGCAAAUCAAAAUAUAUUUUAUAUUUGAGAUUCUUCAAAAUAGCCACCAUUUGCCUUGAUGACAGCUUUGUACACUCUUGGCAUUCUCUCAGCCAGCUUCAUGAGGAAUGCUUUUCCAACAGUCUUGAAGGAGUUCCCACAUGCUGAGCACUCGUUGGCUGCUUUUCCUUCACUCUGCGGUCCAACUCAUCCCAAACCAUCUCAAUUGGGUUGAGGUCGGGUGAUUGUGGAGGCCAGGUCAUCUGAUGCAGCACUCCAUCACUCUCCUUCUUGGUCAAAUAGCCCUUACACAGCCUGGAGGUGUUUUUGGGUCAUUGUCCUGUUGAAAAACAAAUGAUAGUCCCACUAAGCGCUAACCAGAUGGAAUGGCGUAUCGCUGCAGAAUGCUGUGGUAGCCAUGCUGGUUAAGUGUGCCUUGAAUUCUAGAUAAAUCACAAGCAAAGCACCAUCACACCACCUCCAUGCUUCACGGUGGGAACCACACAUGCGGAGAUAAUCCGCUCACCUACUCUGCGUCUCACAAAGACACGGGUUGGAACCAAACAUCUCAAAUUUGGACUCCUCAGACCAAAGGACAGAUUUCCACCAGUCUAAUGUCCAUUGCUCAUGUUUCUUGGUCCAAGCAAGUCUCUUCUUCUUAUUGGUGUCCUUUAGGAGUGGUUUCUUUGCAGCAAUUUGACCAUAAAGGCCUGAUUCACGUAGUCACCUCUGAACAGUUGAUGUUGAGAUGUGUCUGUUACUUGAACUCUGUGAAGCAUUUAUUUGGGCUGCAAUUUCUGAGGCUGGUAACUCUAAUGAACUUAUCCUCAGCAGCAGAGGUAACUCUGGGUCUUCCUUUCCUGUGGCCAUCCUCAUGAGAGCCAGUGUCAUCACAGGGCUUGAUGGUUUUUGCGACAGCACUUGAAGAAACGUUCAAAGUUGUUGACGUUUUCCGGAUUGACUGACCUUCAUGUCUUAAAGUAAUGAUGGACUGUCGUUUCUCUUUGCUUAUUUGAGCUGUUCUUGCCAUAAAAUGGACUUGGUCUUUUAUCAAAUAGUGCUAUCUUCUGUAUACCCCCCUACCUUGUCACAACACAACUGAUUGGCUCAAACGCAUUAAGAAGGAAAGAAAAUCCACAAAUUAACUUUUAAGAAGGCACACCUGUUAAUUGAAAUGCAUUCCAGGUGACUACCUCAUGAAGCUGGUUGAGAGAAUGCCAAGAGUGUGCAAAGCUGUCAUUAAGGUAAAGGGUGGCUAUUUGAAAAUAUAUUUUGAUUUGUUUAACACUUUUUUGGUUACUACAUGAUUCAACUUUUGACUGGUACUGUAGUUCAUUCAACUAAUUUGAUUUAAGUAGGUCUGCAAGUUGAUUUGUCCUCAUUUCUUCCCUUCUGUUUCUAAAUGUGUGUUUGUAGAUCUGACAAUGUGGUGUCAAAACUACACCUGGUGGAUCUGGCCGGCUCUGAGAGGCAGAAGAAGACCAAAGCUGAGGGCGAUCGUCUGAAGGAAGGUGAGUCAACUACCAGAGGCUGACCCUUUGGAAAACGGUAGUAAGCUGUGUGCUUUAAAGCCCAUUUAUGCGGUCGGAGGCUUCAUAUGGAGGGUGUGACGCAAUUGUGGAGGCAUGCAGAGGUCAAAUCGAGCUCUGUACCUCAUCACCGCGGGCCUCUCAAAUGUUGUAAUCAUGCUGAUUGCUCCUUAUAGCUCCACAUUGACAUGAUUGGUUGACAGUAGGUGGGGGCAGUACAUUGUGUAUAAACACAAACUCACUUGCUUGACAACUUCCUUCACUAUCUCUGCUCCACUAAGCGCAAGAAGUAUGAAAGCCCUGACGUCUGCGGCGGCUGCAUCGCAGUAAAUGCUAUAUGGCCACUUCAGACGUCGGGUUGACGAUGCAGAGCCUUUUAGUAUUGUUCUAAUAAUUGACCAUAACAAUCUCCAUGUUUAAAUGACAGUUCCAGUUCUAAUUCAACGUGUGAUUCGUUCAGUAUCAGAAACGUAUUGAUUCUCUGCUGUCAUCCUGUCUGCUCCAGGCAUCAGCAUCAACCGAGGCCUGCUCUCCCUGGGGAAUGUGAUCAGUGCCCUUGGUGACGAGAGCAAGAAAGGCACCUUUGUCCCCUACAGGGACUCCAAACUAACCCGCCUGCUACAGGGUGAGAGCUCGAUGGGAUGGUUGGGUUCAGGGGGAUGUGGUAGUUGGGCAGUCCAAAUCCUGGGAUUGCCGCCCAUGUACAGUGGGGGAAAAAAGUAUUUAGUCAGCCACCAAUUGUGCAAGUUCUCCCACUUAAAAAGAUGAGAGGCCUGUAAUUUUCAUCAUUUUCAACUAUGACAGACAAAUUGAGAAAAAAAUAUCCAGAAAAUCACAUUGUAGGUUUUUUAAUGAAUUUAUUUGCAAAUUAUGGUGGAAAAUAAGUAUUAGGUCAAUAACAAAAGUUUCAGCAUUCUUUGUCCUCCAAACACGACGAGUUGAGUUUUUACCAAAAAGUUAUAUUUUGGUUUCAUCUGACCAUAUGACAUUCUCCCAAUCCUCUUCUGGAUCAUCCAAAUGCACUCUAGCAAACUUCAGACAGGCCUGGACAUGUACUGGCUUAAGCAGGGGGACACGUCUGGCACUGCAGGAUUUGAGUCCCUGGCGGCAUAGUGUGUUACUGAUGGUAGGCUUUGUUACUUUGGUCCCAGCUCUCUGCAGGUCAUUCACUAGGUCCCCCCGUGUGGUUCUGGGAUUUUUGCUCACCGUUCUUGUGAUCAUUUUGACCCCACGGGGUGAGAUCUUGCGUGGAGCCCCAGAUCGAGGGAGAUUAUCAGUGGUCUUGUAUGUCUUCCAUUUCCUAAUAAUUGCUCCCACAGUUGAUUUCUUCAAACCAGGCUGCUUACCUAUUGCAGAUUCAGUCUUCCCAGCCUGGUGCAGGUCUACAAUUUUGUUUCUGGUGUCCUUUGACAGCUCUUUGGUCUUGGCCAUAGUGGAGUUUGGAGUGUGACUGUUUGAGGUUGUGGACAGGUGUAUUUUAUACUGAUAACAAGUUCAAACAGGUGCCAUUAAUACAGGUAACGAGUGGAGGACAGAGGAGCCUCUUAAAGAAGUUGUUACAGGUCUGUGAGAGCCAGAAAUCUUGCUUGUUUGUAGGUGACCAAAUACUUAUUUUCCACCAUAAUUUGCAAAUAAAUUCAUUAAAAAUCCUACAAUGUGAUUUUCUGGAUAUUUUUUUCUCAAUUUGUCUGUCAUAGUUGACUUAUACCUAUGAUGAAAAUUACAGGCCUCUCUCAUCUUUUUAAGUGGGAGAACUUGCACAAUUGGUGGCUGACUAAAUACUUUUUUCCCCCACUGUAUGUUCUUUCUGGGUCUAGUGGUAUCAAUUCAGGGUUUGCUUUUAAGUACAAUUAACAUAAUAAAGAUGUGGUACAAGGCCUUGUGGUAGUCGGAUGACUGAGAACAGUCGAGAUGCAUACGUUGUAUACCCUAAAGCAGGGGUAGGCAACUAGAUUCAGCCACAGGAUGAUUUUUGUCUGAGCGGAUGGUCGGGGGGCCGGAACAUAAUUAUAAUAAUUUGUACAAUGCAAAUUGACCACAACUAAGCCCAAAAAGAGAUUGUGUUUUCAAAUUCAAUAAUUUCAUACCUUGAUUACAUUGAGACACAAUCACAUAUGUUUAUUUUUUUGUGUGGGAAUACUUGGGAACAGAUUGGCUAAAUUAAACGAUUUUACAGUAUUUUUUUGACCCAAAACAAGACUUUGGGGGGCCAAAGAAAAUCGCUGGCUGGACUCCUGUUGCUGACCCCUGCCCUAAGGCAUUCAACUCAACACCAGAAUGUUUCUUAGAUUUAGAGACUGAAUAGAUAUAUUAUACUAAGACUUCAAGUUUAAAAGUGGCCAUUAAAUAAUAAAUUCCUGCUUUCUCCAACAGAUUCUUUGGGAGGUAACAGCCACACCUUGAUGAUAGCGUGCGUCAGCCCUGCAGACUCUAACAUUGAGGAGACCCUCAACACAUUGCGUUACGCUGACAGAGCUCGCAAGAUAAAAAACAAACCUGUGGUCAACGUGGACCCUCGAGCUGCUGAAAUGAAACGCCUGAAGCAGCAGGUAGGUACAGUGACCACUGACCACCGUACUAAGUGACCCUACAAUUCCACCCUACAUUUACAUGGUUUAAGUGUCUAUUGUUUUGAUGGAAAUGUUUCCUCUUUUGGACACAGGUCCAGGAGCUACAGGUGAUGCUUCUGCAUGCACGUGGGGGUGUGGCACCAGUGCUUUCUGGGUAAUUACUAAAUCAUUUCCCCAACUAACAUAUGUCCUAAGUUCUCUAUCCAUCUAGUCAGCCAAAUAAUCUUUUAAACCUAUGAUGACUGGCAGAAUGAACAUCCAUGGUCCUGGCUAUCUGUGAUCCUUGGGACAUCUCUACCCCAUUGAAGGUGUAUUUUAAAAUGGUUAGGUUUAGGGUAAGGACGUCUCAAGGGUCCCAGAUAGCACUACUCGAACAUCCAUAUUGAGAGCUUAAAAAAUGUAAUUUCCUUUAUAAAUAAUGAAUAAAAAAAUACUACCAACAAGUAUCUCACUGACUCCUUCCAUCCCUUCUCUGAAAAAGGACUGAGCCAGCAGAGAACGUGUCAAAGAUCCUGGAGAGGACCCGUGCCCUGCAGGUUGAGAACAACAAGCUGAGCCGUGCGCUGAGUGAGGCAGCAGGCCAGACUGCCCUGAUGUUUGAGAGGAUCAUCAUGGUAAGGACCUGCACUGGUCUUGGACUGGGUCUGUCAUACCGCAGGCCAUACCAACAUCACACAACAAUGCUGACUGACAAUUUCAAAUAUUUGGAGAUAUUACCAAUGAUUGUCAUGUGCCAUACUUUUUUUGUCACUCCACCCACAGACUGAGCAAGCAAAUGAGAAGUUGCAAAGCAAACUGGAAGAGUUGAAACAGCAUGCAGCGUACGUCUGAACUUAUGCAUUAUGCUCAUUGCCUUCAUUGUCCUUAUAGGUCAUUUAGCACCAGAAUUAUUUGUGUUAAAAUAUAAGGCUUAUCGUUUAGGUGUAAAGUGGACCUGCAGAGGGUGAUGGAGACUCUGGAGGACCAGGAGCUGAAGGAGAAUGUGGAAGUGAUCCAGAAUCUGCAGCACGUCAUCUUGCAGCUCCAGGUACUGCCAGACGAGAGAGCUCUAAUAAGCCACAAGGCUGGAUCUACCACUGCAUGACUGACUGCAUUCAGUCCCUUCUAUGUGUUUAGCGAACAAUGUCUGCAUUCAAUUGUAGGUAAGCUGUUGCUGUGCAAUGCUAUUACUUUAUACACUAUGAAAGUGACGCAGAAUUUUCCAGGAAGUGGCGUUGUUGAUUUUUAUUUUAUUUUGUAGGCUUUUUGAAUGCUCUUCAAUAGGCAAAAACGUUGCGCAGUGGUCUUCAGUGCAAAAAUGUCCUAAAAGGCAUCUGGCAGAAGUAAAUUCAUCCGGAAACACAAAAAAUAAUUUUAUACAGUGCAUUCGGAAAGUAUUCAGACCCCUUGACUUUUUCCACGUUUUGUUACGUUACAGCCUUAUUUUAAAAUUGAUGAAAUAAUUUUUUCCCUCAUCAAUCUACACAAUACCCCAUAAUGACAAAGCGAAAACAGGUUUUUAGAAAUGUUAACAAAUGUAUAAAAAUAAAAAAAAUGAUACUUUAUUUACAUUAGUAUUCAGACCCUUUGCUAUGAGACUCGAAUUUGAGUUCAGGUGCAUCCUGUUUCCAUUGAUCAUUCUUGAGAUGUUUCUACAACUUGAUUGGAAUCCACCUGUGGUAAAUUCAAUUGAUUGGACAUGAUUUGGAAAGGCACACAACUGUGUAUAUAAGGUCCCACAGUUGACAGUGCAUGUCAGAGCAAAAACCAAGCCAUGAGGUCGAAGGAAUUGUCCGGAGAGCUCCGAGACAGGAUUGUGUCGAGGCACAGAUCUGGGGACGGGUACCAAAAAAUGCCUGCAGCAUUGAAGAUCCCCAAGAAUAAAUAAAUAAAUAAAUAAUAUGCCAUUUAGCAGACGCUUUUAUCCAAAGCGACUUACAGUCAUGCGUGCAUACAUUUUUGUGUAUGGGUGGUCCCGGUGAUCGAACCCACUACCUUGGCGUUACAAGCGCCGUGCUCUACCAGCUGAGCUACAGAGGACCACUACAAGAACACAGUGGCCUCCAUCAUUCUUAAAUGGAAGAAGUUUGGAACCACCAAGACUCUUCCUAGGGCUGGCUGCCCGGCCAAACUGAGCAAUCGGGGGAGAAGGGCCUUAGUCAAUGAGGUGACCAAGAACCCGAUAGUCACUCUGACAGAGCUCUAGAGUUCCUCUAUGGAGAUGGGAGAACCUUCCAGAAGGACAACCAUCUCUGCAGCACUCCACAAAUCAGGCCUUUAUGGUAGAGUGGCCAGACGGAAGCCACUCCUCAGGAAAAGGCACAUGACAGCCUGCUUGGUGUUUGCCAAAAGGCACCUCAAGACUCUCAGACCAUGAGAAACAAGAUUCUCUGGUCUAAUGAAACCAAGAUUGAACUCUUUGGCCUGAAUGCCAAGUGUCACAUCUGGAGGAAACCUGGCACCAUCCUUACGGUGAAGCAUGGUGGUGGCAGCAUCAUGCUGUGGGUAUGUUUUUCAGCGGCGGGGACUGGGAGACUAGUCAGGAUCGAGGGAAAGAUGAACGGAGCAAAGUACAGAGAGAUCCUUGAUGAAAACCUGCUUCAGAGCGCUCAGGAUGUCAGACUGGGGAGAAGGUUAACCUUCCAACAGGACAACGACCCUAAGCACACAGCCAAGACAACGUAGGAGUGGCUUCAGGACAAGUCUCUGAAUGCCCUUGAGUGGCCCAGCCAGAGCCCGGACUUGAACCUGAUCGAACAUCUCUGGAGAGACCUGAAAAUAGCUGUGCAGCGACGCUCCCCAUCCAACCUGACAGAGCUUGAGAGGAACUGCUGAGAAGAAUGGGAGAAACUCCCCAAAUACAGGUGUGCCAAGCUUGUAGCGUCAUACCCAAGAAGACUCGAGACUGUAAUCGCUGCCAAAGGUACUUCAACAAAGUACUGAGUAAAGGAUCUGAAUACUUAUGUUAAUGUGAUAUUUCUGUUUAUUUUUAAUAAAUUUGCAACAAUUUCUAAAAACCUGUUUUUGCCUUGUCAUGGGGUGUUAUGUGUAGAUUGAGGGGGGGGGACUAUUUAAGAAUAAGGCUGUAACGUAGCAAAAUGUGGAAAAAGUCAAGGGUUCUGAAUACUUUCCGAAUGCACUGUAUGUAUCUUAAAUUACCGCGUUUUCACGAAUGUCAUUAUUUAAUCGUCAUGCCCAUUCCAAAUAUUAGGGGACUGAUCCCGGAAGUAUGACGUAGGGUGACGCCACGUUCACAGCGUAUUGAUCAUGCUAAUCAUAAAGAUAACGGACACUUGAUUUAUUUUCAGUUUAAUUACACACAUUGCACGUGUAACACUAUCAUUUGAAUGGCUGGAUAUUUUAGUUCCCUACACCAUAUUUCAAUCCAAUAAUAAGAAGCUGCUUUGCAUCAUGUCUGGGAAAUAAUAUCUGCUCUUGUUCCUCCAGGAUGAGAGUGCUGGCCUUGCUGCCAGCAUAGAGGCAUUGGCUGCAGACUGUGGGGCUGACGGAGAUGACAGCCCUCAUGGGUCAGGCAGCGGCAACGAGACCCCAACUGAUGGAUCCCCUUCUGUAAGUCUCUGGUCAUCUAGAACUUCUCAUCUAAUGCAGAAGGCUGUCUGUGCUGCAGAUGGACUCUUCUGCAAGGCUGUUGUUUCCUGAAGACAUCCUGACAUGCAUCUCAUUUUGGGAUUAUUGCAUUUUCAUUGAUUCUUUAGAAUUGUUGUACAUGUUUGUGGGUUUUGUACAACAGGUAUGUUGUCUGAAACGGGUGUGUUUUGUUGUCAUACAAAUAUACAUCCUCUUCCCCACCCUACACAGGCUGAUGCUGACAAAGACUCUACAGAGGGCUUCACUACCCAGCAUGCCUUGCGCCAGGCCCAAAUGUCCAAGGAGCUGAUUGAGCUCAACAACGUUCUGGCUCUAAAGGAGGAGUUUGUCCGGAGGAUGUGCCAGAACGACAGCCACCUGGAGCCUAUGCAGACUGAACACCAGGUAGGGCUGGAGAUGACAGAUGGGAGAGAAAAUAUGGGUUAGCUGUAAUGGAGGUUGAGAGGGCUGAAACAGGGGAGGCAGCACCAGCACAGCACUUUGAUUCUUAUCCACUAGGAAGGUUUUUGACAGGCUGCUUCCAACUGAACUGGUGGAGCAACAUUUGAAUCUUAACUCUUCAUUGAUGGUUCCCAUCCAGAAUAACAUCAAGAGUCUGCAGACAUCAGUGGGCUCUCUGCAGAAGGAGAAGGAGGACCUCAUCCUGGCUCUCCACUCUGCCAAGAAGGACGUCAAUCAGGCUAAGUAAGGCACCUGGCCUCAUUGGUGGGGUUCAAACAAGGAUAUUACAGCAUCUUUAUGUUCAGGCUGUGUAUUGAAUUGAUAUGAUAUCUGUUGCAAGAGUCUCCUUCAUAAGAGCCAUGAGCUUGGUGUGUAAUCAUUUACAUUUUAGUCAUUUAGCAGACGCUCUUAUCCAGAGCGACUUACAGUUAGUGAGUGCAUACAUUUUCAUACUGUAUGUUUAGUAUAAACAUUCCUCUGCAUUUAGAAUGGAAUCAUCAGUAAUUUCCCUGUCUCUAUUCCCUCUCUCUCCAUCUGUCCACCAGGCUGAGUGAACAGCGUAGGAAGCGUCUGCAGGAGCUGGAGGGUCAGAUCACAGACAUGAAGAAGAAGCUCCAUGACCAGUCCAAGCUCCUCAAGCUCAAAGAGUCCUCUGUCCGCAACGUGGCCAAGCUCAACCAUGAGAUCCAGGUAUGACCGGGUGCUUGCCUCAGGUGUGUCACGACACUGCGUAUAUACUGUGUCCUGUGAAUAUGCCAGUGACUGACCUAAUCAGCAGGAUUUCAGGACAAUGAGAGGUUUUCAGUUGAUGGUCAUCUGAAUCUAAAAACUUGAAUUCGGUCUAAUGAUGGUAAUCUAAGACGUGGUUGUUGAUGGCUUCCCUGUUUGUCUGCUCUCUUUCCCUGUAGGCUAUGAAGAGUCAGCGUGUACAGCUGAUGAGGCAGAUGAAGGAGGACUCUGAGAAGUUCAGAGUGUGGAAGAACAAGAAGGACAAGGAGGUUCUUCAGCUCAAGGAGAAGGUGUGUGUGUCCAUAAUCCAUACAUAAGACACACUGUUUACCACGUUCAUUUCCAUGUGGUUAAGAUUGAUUUGUUUUUUUCACCUCGCUCUCAGGACCGUAAACGUCAGUUUCAGAUGGUGAAGCUUGAGAGUGACUUCCAGAAGCAGGCUAAUGUCCUGCGUCGUAAAACUGAGGAGGUGAGGCCUAUGUCUAGUACACCAUGCUUCUGUUUUCAUCUGCAGACCUAAUCGACCAGGAAAAAGUGUUUUGUGUCAAUUCUUUAAUGGUUGUUAGCUGGAAGUACGGAGAGAUAUUUCUAACUCUGCGGGUGUUCUCCUUCAGGCUGCAGCAGCCAAUAAGCGUCUGAAGGAUGCCCUGCAGAAGAGGAGUGAGGUGGCAGAGAAACGAAAGGACGUCCAAUACAGAGGGAUGGAGGGAGCAGCCGGGAGAGUGAAGGUCUGGUCACCUUUGUUUGAUUCUGUAUGUGUUGGUGUACUGUGAGUUAUUUGAUCAGUUUUGAGUGUGAGAAGUCCUGGUUUGCAAGCAAGGAAAUGAUUACCAUAAUGUGUUAUAUGAAUCUGCAUGCUGUGGUCUGAGUGAUUGUGUGUGGUUUCAAUGAGUGCUGUCGCUGUGUAUUAUGUACAGUUGUAGUCGGAAGUUUACAUACACCUUAGCCAAAUACAUUUAAACUCAGUUUUUCACAAUUCCUGACAUUUAAUCUUAGUAAAAAUUCCCUGUCUUAGGUCAGUUAGGAUCACCACUUUAUUUUAAGAAUGUGAAAUGUCAGAAUAAUAGUAGAGAAUUAUUUAUUUCAGCUUUUAUUUCUUUCAUCACAUUCCCAGUGGGUCAGAAGUUUACAUACACUCAAUUAUAUUUGGUAGCAUUGCCUUUAAAUUGUUUAACUUGGGUCAAACGUUUCGGGUAGCCAUCCACAAGCUUCCCACAAUAAGUUGGGUGAAUUUUGGCCCAUUCCUCCUGACAGAGUUGUUGUAAUUGAGUCAGGUUUGUAGGCCUCCUUGCUCGCACACGUUUUUUCAGUUCUGCCCACAAAUGUUCUAUAGGAUUGAGGUCAGGGCUUUGUGAUGGCCACUCCAAUACCUUGACUUUGUUGUCCUUAAGCCAUUUUGCCACAACUUUGGAAGUAUGCUUGGGGUCAUUGUCCAUUUGGAAGACCCAUUUGCGACCAAGCUUUAACUUCCUGACUGAUGUCUUGAGAUGUUGCUUCAAUAUAUCCACAUCAUUUUCCUUCCUCAUGAUGCCAUCUAUUUUGUGAAGUGCACCAGUCCCUCCUGCAGCAAAGCACCCCCACAGCAUGAUGCUGCCCACCCCUCUGCUUCACGGUUGGGAUGGUGUUCUUCGGCUUGCAAGGUACCCCAUUUUUCCUCCAAACAUAACGAUGGUCAUUAUGGCCAAACAGUUCUAUUUUUGUUUCAUCAGACCAGAGGACAUUUCUCCAAAAAGUACGAUCUUUGUCCACAUGUGAAGUUGCAAACCGUAGUCUGGCUUUUUUAUGGUGGUUUUGGAGCAGUGGCUUCUUCCUUGCUGAGCGGCCUUUCAGGUUAUGUCGAUAUAGGACUCGUUUUACUGUGGAUAUAGAUACUUUUGUACCCGUUUCCUCCAGCAUCUUCACAAGGUCCUUUGCUGCUGUUCUGGGAUUGAUUUGCACUUUUCGCACCGAAGUACGUUCAUCUCUAGGAGACAGAACAAGUCUCCUUCCUGAGCGGUAUGACUGCUGCGUGGUCCCAUGGUGUUUAUACUUGCAUACUAUUGUUUGUACAGAUGAACGUGGUACCUUCAGGCGUUUGGAAAUUGCUCCCAAGGAUGGUCUUUUCAGUUUAAUUACAGGUCUUGGCUGAUUUAUUUUGAUUUUCCCAUGAUGUCAAGCAAAGAUGCACUAAGUUUGAAGGUAGGCCUUGAAAUACAUCCACAGGUACAGUGAGGAAAAAAAGUAUUUUAUCCCCUGCUGAUUUUGUACGUUUGCCCACUGACAAAGAAAUGAUCAGUCUAGGUUUAUUUGAACAGUGAGAGACAGAAUAACAACAACAAAAUCCAGAAAAACGCUUGUCAAAAAUGUUAUAAAUUGAUUUGCAUUUUAAUGAGGGAAAUAAGUAUUUGACCCCCUUUCAAUCAGAAAGAUUUCUGGCUCCCAGGUGUCUUUUAUACAAGUAACGAGCUGAGAUUAGGAGCACACUUUUAAAGGGAGUGCUCCUAAUCUCAGCUUGUUACCUGUAUAAAAGACACCUGUCCAUAGAAGCAAUCAAUCAAUCAGAUUCCAAACUCUCCACCAUGGCCAAGACCAAAGAGCUCUCCAAGGAUGUCAGGGACAAGAUUGUAGACCUACACAAGGCUGGAAUGGGCUACAAGAGCUCUUGUUGAGAAGGUGACAAAAGUUGGUGCGAUUAUUCGCAAAUGGAAGAAACACAAAAGAACUGUCAAUCUCCGUCGGCCUGGGGCUCCAUGCAAGAUCUCACCUCGUGGAGUUGCAAUGAUCAUGAGAACGGUGAGGAAUCAGCCCAGAACUACACGGGAGGAUCUUGUCAAUGAUCUCAAGGCAGCUGGGACCAUAGUCACCAAGAAAACAAUUGGUAACACACUACGUCGUGAAGGACUGAAAUCCUGCAGCGCCCGCAAGGUCCCCCUGCUCAAGAAAGCACAUACAUGACCAUCUGAAGUUUGCCAAUGAACAUCUGAAUGAUUCAGAGGAGAACUGGGUGAAAGUGUUGUGGUCAGAUGAGACCAAAAUGGAGCUCUUUGGCAUCAACUCAACUCGCCGUGUUUGGAGGAGGAGGAAUGCUGCCUAUGACCCCAAGAACACCAUCCCCACCGUCAAACAUGGAGGUGGAAACAUUAUGCUUUGGGGGUGUUUUUCUGCUAAGGGGACAGGACAACUUGCAUCAAAGGGACGAUGGACGGGGCCAUGUACCAUCAAAUCUUGGGUGAGAACCGCCUUCCCUCAGCCAGGGCAUUGAAAAUGGGUCGUGGAUGGGUAUUCCAGCAUGCCUUGGCCGUGUGUUUUUGGUCAUUGUCAACAAAGGAGUGGCUCAAGAAGAAGCACAUUAAGGUCCUGGAGUGGCCUAGCCAGUCUCCAGACCUUAAUCCCAUAGAAAAUCUGUGGAGGGAGCUGAAGGUUCGAGUUGUCAAACGUCAGCCUCGAAACCUUAAUGACUUGGAGAAGAUCUGCAAAGAGUGGGACAAAAUCCCUCCUGAGAUGUGUGCAAACCUGGUGGCCAACUACAAGAAACGUCUGACCUCUGUGAUUGCCAACAAGGGUUUUGCCACCAAGUACUAAGUCAUGUUUUGCAGAGGGGUCAAAUACUUAUUUCCCUCAUUAAAAUGCAAAUGAAUUUAUAACAUUUUUGACAUGCGUUUUUCUGGAUUUUGUUGUUGUUAUUCUGUCUCUCACUGUUCAAAUAAACCUACCAUUUAAAAUUAUAGACUGAUCAUUUCUUUGUCAGUGGGCAAAUGUACAAAAUCAGCAGGGGAUCAAAUACUUUUUUCCCCUCACUGUACACCUCCAAAUGACUCAAAUGAUGUCAAUUAGCCUAUCAGAAGCUUCUAAAUCCAUGACAUCAUUUUCUGGAAUUUUCCAAGCUGUUUAUAGGCACAGUCAAUUUAGUGUAUGUAAACUUCUGACCCACUGGAAUUGUGAUACAGUGAAAUAAUCUGUCUGUAAACAAUUGUUGGAAAAAUUACUUGUCAUACACAAAGUAGAUGUUCUAACCGACUUGCCAAAACUAUAGUUUGUUAACAAGAAAUUUGUGGAGUGGUUGAAAAACAAGUUUUAAUGACUCCAACCUAAGUGUAUGUAAACUUCCGACAUCAACUGUAUGUAUCAAUGACCGAGUGAGUAAUGUGUGCUGUGACCUGAAUCUGAACUGUGUGUGUCUGAGAGCAGACCUGGCUCCUGAACGAGGUGGAGGUGCUGGUGAGUACAGGGGAGGCACGGCGCCACCUGCAGGACCUGCUGGAGGACAGGAAGAUCCUGGCAGAGGAGAUCUCCCAGCUCAAACAGCAGAUGGAGGCAGGGGAGCGGCCCGCUGCCAAAGUCAGGGUGAGUGACGUUGCGCUCUUAAAGAGAUCAAUGAGAAUCUUGAGCUUUUAGUAAAUGAGGAUACAGUGGAAAUUUCCACCGCUAGGCUACAUGACGAAAUGAUGACUCUUUGUUUCUCUACAGAAGUUAACUGUUGUUACUGUGUGUUCUCUCUCCCUGUACUCCCACAGCGUCGGACCCUCAUCAUCUCCGAGCUGGAGAGUCGGGGAGAGCUGGAAGCGUCUCUCAGUAAACAGGUGGACAACCUGGAGACGGAGAUAAACCUCAGGUGAGUCUGACUAGUACAGACCUUACCCAUUACCUCCACAGCUGAGGGAUGCCUUCAAACCUAACACUCACAUUGACUUCCCCUUACUGCUAAUGCAUUUGGGUGUUUUUCAUGACUCCACUGAUAAAAAAGGGUAUCCAGAUCAUUUGUCUUUUAGUUGCAUUGCUAUGCAUUUUUCCAGACCCUUUUCUCCUUUGCUUGCCUGGAGAAAUGUUGUCAUAGUAAGGCAUUGCUCCAAAGCGCCUUCCCAUCUGUUCAUUGUUAGUUCCUGUUGAUAGGGUAUUGUGAAUGCUGCCAGAUGCAAGUCCUUAAGAACUCGUUUUUUUUAAUGAGGACAUCAGAAUAAUGAUAUGUGAUUGAUUGGCAUAAAAUGUGAUCAAGUAUUUACAUUUGGUCAGGUGAAUCGCAUCCAUGUGCAUUUAUAGACACACAUUCACAUGUGAUGUUCCAUUGAUUUCAUCUUAGGAGUGCCCAGAUAGCUGACCUACAGCAGAAGGUUCUGGAUGCAGACAAUGAGGGGCGGUUGAAGCAGCGCUGGGACAACAUCAAUAAUAUAGUGGAGGCCAAGUGUGCCCUCAAGGUCCUCAUGUCAGAGGUGAGACAUACGCUUAUUCGCAUAUCGUUGAACUGAAUGCUUUUUAGUCUCACAAAUCAAAUUCUAAAUGUUUUGAAAAGCAUGUUAUUCUCUGCCUAUUAGCCUACCUUGUAAGCUAAUGUUUACUGACAAAAUACAUGACAACCAAAAAUGUCACCACCUCCACAGUUGGUGUCUGCCAAAACGGCCAGUUCUAAGCUGGAGAGUGAGCUGAAGCAGGAGAAGGGCAAUGUGCUGGACCUGCAGAAGACUCUGUGUGAUGAGAGGAAGCUGAUGUCCACCAUGGACAUGGAGCACCAGCACCACCUGGUGGAGUUGGAGCAGAGACACCAGGAGAAGGUCCUCUACCUCCUGGGCCAGCUGCAGAGCAAGGAGAGCAAGUCAAUGGAGAAUAAGCAGGAGGAGGAGACUUCAAAACGGGAGAGGGAGCUUCUGCAGCGCCUCAAGUUCCAGGUCUGUCACACUGUCCUCUCAGCUACUGUGCACACUGAUAUGUUGGAGGAAUGUUCAUCAUAGUCAUACAGUCAGUCAGGUAAAAUGCACUUGUUUCUACUAUUAAUCCUCAUUGUCCAUGUAGGUUGACUUCACUAAAAGUUCAGCUCAGUGUUGAGGUUGAAACCAAAACUGCCAGAGACUGAUCAGGGUGAAUAAAGGUUCUAACCCCCUCCAAAAAAAAAUCUGUCUCUGCAGGAGGAUGAAAUUGAAAAGAUGCAGAAAUUGAAUGAGCAAAACCAGAGGCUGUUGGACGACAAUGAACAAUACCAACAGGUAAAUACACAGAUGGGCAUGUACAAGGACAAUAGAACAUUCUAAGCUAUAUACAAGAACAAAGGUCUACAGUUAACAUUAUUAUAAUAAUAAUAAUAAUUCAUUUAAUUUGUAAAUCGCUUUUCUCACACCCAUUGCGCUAAACAUUUAAGGUCUACUAUUUGUUGAAACUGUCCAUAUCAAGCAACUUUUGCUCUGUUCUCAGAAACUAACACUGCUCCAGUUGGCCAGUGGGAAAAAGAUCAACAACGUCCUGCCAGCAUCCACUCAGUCCCCAGACGACUCCUUUGAGUACAUUCCGCCAAAGGUAAGCCACUGACAUCCUUCCUUACCACUGUCUGUUUCAUAUCCAACUGUUAGAGUGAAAAUGACCCCUAUAUGAGUCUAGGGGAAGGUGACCCUGACCUAGGCCAGUGCUGGGAGGCUGCACCAUCUCACUGGUGGUGUUUUUUACCUCCUGCAGCCUAAAGGCCGGCGUUUCACUACAGCCAAGGCUCCCCUGGAGAUGGCCAUCGACAUGGAGGAGCUGGAGUCUGUCUCGGAGGAGGAGGAGGAGGAGGAGUGGUGCCAAGAGAAGAAUGAGAAAGGCUGUAACAGAAAGAACUCCAACGUCAAGAAACCCAAGGCAACAGGGGUGAGAACAUAGACAUGGUGUAUAUUUAAAUGAUUUUGUGAGAAAGGCAACACUGUCAGUUUAGAGAUGGUCAGAUCACUAUUAUCAUGCAUUUGCAGUGUUGUUAAAAGUUUGCACAUCUGUAUAUUUGUUAAGUGUGCCUGUAAGGGUCGCUGUGGCAACAAGCUGUGCCGGUGCCGUAAGGGAAAGAUGACCUGUGGGGAGAACUGCCAGUGUGACCAUGAGAAGUGUCGUAACAUGGGCUACCAGACGUCCAGUAUAGUAAGUUGAAAAAGCCCCUUUGUUGUAUACUACAUAGUCUCCCUACACUCAAUAGAAUGUUUCAUUGAUUGUGCACUUAUUUUUCAUAAUCAUUUUCCUCUCUUCCUAAAAGCAGGACUCUAGCGAAGUCACAGACGAUGUGUCCAAAGAUUCCGUUUUUAUUCCUCAAGACCCCACAGCCAUUAGCUCUGGGGACGCCACCUUCUUUAAACCACCCUGUGUCACUCCCACCAAGGUAGGCUUCUCUAUACCAUCAACAAUGGUCUCAAUGGUUGUAAUCGAGAAGGGUGGUGACAUCAUACCCGUAACAGACUCAUCACACUCUCUUCCAAAAGAGCACUGUUUAAGUGUCAAGAUGCCUUGGGUAGUGUUAUGGUUGAGUUGGUAAUUAAUCUGGUGUGGUGAUAUUAUUUUACACUGAGCUGCACUUUAAGUGGGUAUUGGGUAUUUCAGAUCAUGUCCUUAUUUAGAGUGCUGAAAAAUCUUCCUUGCUGUAUUCUUAUAGCUUGUGAGGAAGUCUGUCUCUGCUGAGGAGGAUGAUGAUGAUGAAGAGGAGGAUGAAGAGAGGAACACGGCCAGCUUCUUGAAGAAGAAGAAACGAGCCCUUACUAGCUUCCAGAACAGCUUUUUCUCUGGAUGUACGCCCAUCAGGGAAGAGUCUUAA